AUUUGUUUUUACUGCUCCGUACGCUAGACACUGAAAUUCUCUCCCAUUUACUGGCCCUAUUCUUGGCGGUCUUCGUGACGGAUUGAUGGUUAUCAUCAGUGGAACUGUUCAUCCUACAUGUGACAGCUUCAAGAUAGACUUUCAGUGUGGAUCCUGCCCAAGUCCUGAUGUUGCUUUUCAUUUUAACCCACGAUUUGAAGAGGGUGGAUGUGUGGUUUGCAAUACUCAAGAAAGACAGAAUUGGGGAAGAGAGGAGAGGAAAGAUGAAAUGCCUUUUUUAAAAGGUCACCCCUUUGAGAUUCGGGUUUUGGUAAAACACGACUCAUUCCAGGUUGCUGUAAAUGGAAAGCACUUUGUGGAGUACAAGCACCGGAUUCCACUUUCCAAAGUGAACUACCUUAGUGUGUCUGGGGGUGUGGACGUCGCAAUCAUCAGCUUCCAAGAUACUGCUACCCGAGGUGCUUGGAGUCCUAGAGCAGCUGGGAUCUCAAAUCCUGCUUUCCCACCUGGACUAUAGGAGCCGCAAACUUAUAUUAUGAACAAACAGGAAAAUGAAGGCGAAGACGACUGAGUUAGCUGCAGAAGCCAAUAUUUUGAGUUUCUCAUGUUAAUUAGUCAAUUUAUUUUUUGGUUUUUUUUUAAAUAUUUCAUUUAUCUAUUUUAGUUAUAAACA